AUGUCCACCGAGCCAUCCUACCAGCGCAUAACAGCCGACUUCAAAGCAGCCUUUGAAUCUCGUAUACCGACGGAGCUUCUCCUCUCCGACCUCCCCAAAGAUGUAUCCAAUCUCGUCUCCACCUCCGGACUGCUCGACCCCGCCGAAGUCGAUAUUGUGCAGAUGGACGCCACGGGCCUCCGGGAUGCUCUGGCAUCUAGACAGGUGUCAGCGGUAGCUGUUACUACUGCAUUCCUGAAGGCUGCGGGUAUAGCUCAUGGGGCUACCAACUGCCUCAUGGAUUAUUUCCCGGAGGAGGCGCUGGAAACGGCGAGGUAUCUGGAUGCGGAGAUGGAGAGGACUGGGAAGCCUGUGGGACCGAUGCAUGGGGUACCUAUCUCUAUCAAGGACCAGAUGUGCGUCAAGGGCCGGGAGAUCACUGCGAGCUUUGCUUCGUGGGUCGGCAAGAACGUUCCUGAGAAGGAUGGGGUCUUUGUGCGGAUCUUACGGGAGGCUGGAGCUGUAUUCUACGUCAAGACGUCAAUCCCGCAGGCUAUCAUGCAUCUCGAGACGGACAGCUUCCUCGGACCCACUCUGAACCCGUACAACCGCGAGCUCACUUCGGGCGGGUCAAGUGGGGGCGAGGGAGCGCUUAUUGGAUGCCGAGGUAGUCCCAUGGGUCUCGGAACCGAUAUCGGGGGAAGUAUCCGUAAUCCGGCCGCUUUGAACGGGAUAUACGGCUUCAAACCUACGGCUACCAGACUGCCCAAGGGCGGAAACAGGGCACCGAUGGCAGGCCAAGAGUCCAUACCCGCAGCUAUCGGCCCGCUCGCCCGGUCCGCCCGAGACCUUUCACUCUGUAUCGAGACCGUCCUCGCUGCUGAGCCGUGGCACCUCGAUCCUACUCAGGUCGGGAUGAAGUGGCGUCCGGACGAAGUGGUCUGGAAGGGCGGAGACAAGCCGAAGAUUGGGGUCAUGUGGGAUGAUGGGGUCGUGGUUCCUCAAGCCCCAAUGCGAAAGGCGUUGAAGCUGGCGGUAGAGAAGUUGCGAGCGGAGGGGUACGAGGUGUUCGAUUAUCGGCCCUUCAAGCAGUCUGAAGGGUGGGACAUCAUCACGUCCUUAUACUUUACCGAUGGGGGCCAGACUAUCCGGAAUGCCAUCGAAGCGUCCGGCGAGCCUAUGUUACCUCUCACAAAAUGGAUUCUGGAGCAGAACCAACGGGACCGCCCUGCACUCGAGUUGUUCCAGUUGAUACAACGCCGAGAAGCGUUCAAGGCAGAAUACAACGCCCAUUUUGCCGCAUCUGGAGUGGACGUAAUUCUCUGCCUGCCAGGCCCAGGUCCGGCCCCGAUCUUGGGUACAAGCAAGUACUGGUGUUAUACUUCCAUCUUCAACCUCGUGGACUAUCCCGCGGGAGUGUUGCCGACGGGGACGUUUGUGGGUUUGGAAGACGUGAGGGAGCCGGAGAGGGAGUUCCUUAGCGAGCAGGAUAGAGAGGUAUGGGCUGCUUACUCGCCGGAGAAGAUGAUUGGCGCUCCGCUUGCACUGCAGGUCGUAGCGGGCAGAUGGGAGGAUGAAAAGGCUCUACUGGCUUUGCAGAUGAUCGAUCAAGUUUUGCUCGGCAAGUGA